AUAAUGAUUUUCAUAAUGCUUUCCUGUACUGUUUGAAUACAUGACUUUGAUGGAAGUAUCGUCCACAGUCAGCAUCACGGUUGCAAGUUUGAGCACAAUCUCAAGUUUGCGUAACAUAAAUGUAUCUUGACGCAUCAAUUCACGCCAAAUGGAUUCAACCAUGAAAAGAUUGUAAAAAAUACUAUGAACACGCUAUAAACCUCAUUCGGAAAUAAUAAAGUUUUGCUGAUGUUCACUCGAAGCGAUAAUUGUGCUGAUAAUUUCACGGUUAUCGGUUUUUUCAGGGUAUACUUUCUCUAGAAAUGAGGGUGCCUGGUGCCCGCAUAUAUACGCUUGAAGGUUUGACCAGGUUUGCCAUAGAAUGAUAGAAAUACCGUUCAUUUUCGUACGGACCAUCAAUCAUUCAACUCAUAGAAUGUUCGCAACCGCAUUUCUUGCCUUGUUCGUCUGCACUAUUUGCAAUAAUGCAGUAGAAUGCUUCACUGUCAGGCGUCCAAUUUUUAGUCCGGACGUUGCCUUAAGAACAGAAACGGCAAAAAAUUUUACGAUACUGAAGAGAAUCGACGAUGUAGCGAUUGAGAACCAGCCUGUGCCAUUUUCAAUUCUUCGAGAUGCGGAUCGAAUUGUUAUUUCGAAAAAAAACGUGACAGACCUGGGCGGAAAAAAAGAAUCCCAGCAUCGCAGACCAAAGUUUUUUGGUCCCCUGAGUUUUCUUGCUGGUCUGGGUGCUGGAAGUUUGGCUUCUGCCAACGCUAACGCUUUCGCGAAACUCUUCAACAGUGCAUUUACCCUGCAAUUUGGCCCUUCGGGAUAUUUCGCAGGGUUAUACUCGCCUCAGCCGUACGUACCGGUCUCGUAUCCCGUGUUUUACCCUGUUCCAACUCCUCUGCAUCAUAAACCGAACGUGAUGAGUGGGAUCCCGGUGAUUGCACCUCCAGGAUUAUUUGCAGAUUCUGAAACUUCUCAGCAACAGAUCUCAAACCUUACAAUUAGUACGGGUAAAAAUUCGAACAGAACUAAUACCGAUUCUUCCAACAAAGAUCUCGAAGUGGAGAACCAGACGAAUGACGAGGUUGAUCCUAUAAGUCCAAUAAUUAGUGACGAUGAACCAGAAUCGAGGCAAAUUUUUGGAUCGAGGUCAACGACAACGACAACAUCAGCAACGUCGAAUACAACGACGACGACAUCUAAGCCGAUGACUACAACGCCGAUGAACACCUCCUCAAUCAAUGUGACUGUAGCAUCCAACGAAACGCUACCAACUGAAUUACCUGCAAACACUACCACCGAAUCCCCAUCAUUCCAUGGUUAUUAUUAUGGUAGCAAUCCGCAAUACGUGGGAAACGUGAUUUUGACAACGGAAAACCCUGAACAAAGGUACUAUGAGGACCACGUUGAAGAAACGUAUCCUUUACCUUUCGAAAGAGCCGCAAUAUUCAAUCCUUACCAUAACUUUGAGUCGUAUUCGAACCCAUUCAGUAACUCAUUUUCGUCUAAUGACCAAUUUGCUGAUUUUUUAAAUACCAUUGAGUCCGAACCUUAUCGAACGGACGAGCCGAUUGAUAAUCGGUGGAAUUCCAAUGGAUUCAGGCCGAUCUUGUAAUUGUUAACCAAAUUGAAAAUCUCCUGUAUAUUUUGUUUCUAUAUAGCCAUAAAUUUACCCUAUUUUGUGAAUAUCCAAAGCAUACCUGGUGCUGGGAAAAUUUUCAUAAGAUCUCUUCUACCUUUUGUACAUCUAAAAACCAAAUCAAUAAAUCAAAUGGUGUAUAAAUUAAUCACGGUAACGGUACACUCACGAAAACUGUGCGUGAAUAAAUUAAUCCACAUUCGAUUCACCGUUAAGUGAAAAAAAGAUACAUAACUUGAAUGGCUGGCUAAUUAAGCGCAGCUGUGCCAUUUUCCUUUCGGAAAAUUUCUGGUUUUUCGGGAUUGUCGCAGAGCACCAACCGAACUCGACCGCAAUAAGUUUCUUCAAAUUCAGUGCACUACACAAACCAGCGCUGAAAGACAAAGGCGUACAUGCGUUGACUACCCUUCAUCAAACUUUUCCGAUAAUAUGGAUUUGAGGGAAAUUCAAUAAUCCGAUUUCUCUGUUCGUAAAACAUCAUAACAAUGUAUUCUUUCAUCUUUGGCUACGUGUAUAUAUAUAUUCUGU